AGCUGCAGCCAUGGCCCCCGCCGCCUGUGCCCUCCUGCUCUCCCUGGCUGCCCUGCGUGUAUCCAGCCAGGGCCAGGUCCCACUGGGAGGAGAUCUGGCUCCACAGAUGCUUCAAGAACUUCGGGAGACCAACGCAGCGCUGCAGGACGUGAGGGAACUUUUACGGCAGCAGGUCAAGGAGAUCACGUUCCUGAAGAAUACGGUGAUGGAGUGUGAUGCAUGUGGGAUGCAGCCGGCGCGCACCCGAGGCUUGAGCUUGCGGCCGCUACCCAGCUGCGAACCCGGCUUCUGCUUCCCCGGCGUGGUCUGCACCGAGACGGCGGGCGGCGCGCGCUGCGGCCCCUGCCCGCCGGGCUAUACCGGCAACGGGUCUCACUGCACCGACGUUAAUGAGUGCAAUGCUCACCCCUGUUUCCCGCGUGUGCGUUGUAUCAACACCAGUCCUGGUUUCCGCUGCGAGGCCUGUCCGCCUGGGUACAGCGGCCCCUCUCAUGAAGGCGUGGGGCUGGCCUUCGCCAAAGCCAACAAACAGGUUUGCACGGAUAUUAACGAGUGUGAGACCGGGCAGCAUAAUUGCGUCCCUAACUCUGUGUGCAUCAACACUCGGGGCUCCUUUCAGUGUGGUCCCUGCCAGCCCGGCUUCGUGGGCGACCAAACGUCUGGCUGCCAGCGACGCGGGCAGCGCUUCUGCCCCGACGGCUCACCCAGCCCGUGCCACGAGAAGGCGGAUUGCGUCCUGGAGCGCGAUGGCUCGCGGUCGUGCUUGUGCGCCGUCGGCUGGGCUGGCAACGGUCUCAUUUGCGGCCGCGACACGGACCUGGAUGGUUUCCCAGACGAGAAACUACGCUGCUCAGAGCGGCAGUGCCGCAAGGACAACUGCAUGACUGUGCCCAAUUCAGGGCAGGAAGACGUGGACCGCGAUGGCAUUGGAGAUGCUUGCGACUCGGAUGCGGAUGGUGACGGGGUCCCCAAUGAGCAGGACAACUGCCCGCUAGUCAGAAAUCCAGACCAGCGCAACUCUGACAAUGACAAGUGGGGAGAUGCAUGUGACAACUGCCGGUCUCAGAAGAACGAUGACCAGAAGGACACAGACCGGGAUGGCCGGGGUGACACCUGUGAUGAUGACAUUGAUGGCGACCGAAUCCGCAAUGCAGCUGACAACUGCCCCCGGGUGCCCAACUCGGACCAAAAGGACAGCGAUGGUGAUGGCGUUGGGGAUGCCUGUGACAACUGCCCACAGAAGGACAACCUGGACCAGAGGGAUGUGGACCAUGACUUUGUGGGUGAUGCCUGUGACAGCGACCAAGACCAGGAUGGGGAUGGACACCAGGAUUCCCGGGACAACUGCCCCACAGUGCCCAACAGUGCCCAGCAGGACUCAGACCAUGAUAACCAGGGUGAUGCCUGUGAUGACGAUGAUGACAAUGAUGGAGUCCCUGACAGCAAGGACAACUGCCGCCUGGUGCCCAACCCUGGCCAAGAGGACUCAGACAGGGACGGUGUGGGUGAUGUGUGCCAGGGUGACUUUGAUGCAGACAAGGUGGUAGACAAGAUCGACGUGUGUCCUGAGAACGCCGAGGUCACUCUCACAGAUUUCCGGGCCUUCCAGACAGUGGUGCUGGACCCCGAGGGUGAUGCGCAGAUUGAUCCCAAUUGGGUGGUGCUCAAUCAGGGAAUGGAGAUUGUGCAGACCAUGAACAGUGACCCAGGCCUGGCUGUUGGUUACACGGCCUUCAACGGUGUAGACUUCGAGGGCACAUUCCACGUGAACACCGCUACAGAUGACGACUAUGCGGGCUUCAUCUUCGGCUACCAAGACAGCUCCAGUUUCUACGUGGUGAUGUGGAAACAGAUGGAACAGACAUACUGGCAGGCCAACCCCUUCCGGGCUGUGGCUGAGCCGGGGAUCCAGCUCAAGGCUGUGAAGUCCUCCACAGGCCCUGGGGAGCAGCUCCGAAAUGCGCUGUGGCAUACAGGUGACACAGCGUCCCAGGUGCGGCUGCUGUGGAAAGACCCCCGAAAUGUGGGCUGGAAGGAUAAGACAUCUUACCGCUGGUUUCUGCAGCACCGACCCCAAGUGGGUUACAUCAGGGUGCGAUUCUAUGAGGGUCCUGAGCUGGUGGCUGACAGCAACGUGGUGUUGGACACGACCAUGCGCGGUGGCCGCCUGGGUGUCUUCUGCUUCUCUCAGGAGAAUAUCAUCUGGGCUAACCUGCGCUACCGAUGCAAUGACACAAUUCCCGAGGACUACGAGAGCCAUCGGCUGCGGAGGGCCUAGGGACCUGGUGGGGCCCCUGCUGUCUGAUGGACCAUGGUGGCCUGAGCCAUGGCUGUCUGGGGACCUGGCAUCCCACAUGGAGGGGUGGCAGACCUGGGGAGGAAGGGUCAGAGAGGCAAAUAAAGAAUGUGUG